UCUAUCAUCACUCACAAACAACGUGCUUCUCAAAAGAUCAACACAGAACCACGCUGAUUUUCUAUAAUCCCCAGAAAACCUUACCAAAAUGUAUCUUAUGUACGAUUUAAAAGAAAACGGCGAACGUGUCUACACAUUGAAGAAACACAACAACGCCGGCAGUCCCACACAAUCGGCUCACCCGGCACGGUUCUCGCCAGAGGAUAAGUACUCCCGCCAUCGCAUCAUCAUCAAGAAGCGCUUUGGGCUGUUGCUGACACAAAAGCCAGAACCGAUUUACUGAUCAUUCGGAUGUAACGGAAUUCCAUGUCAUUAUUAAGAAAUAUACUUUACCGACCUUGAACUAUGGUGA